GGUUUCCCAGCGAUGUCGGCAAGAAUCCAAACUGCGUCCGUUCAACAGAUCCAAACGAAAUUUCAGGCUGCGACGCUCAUUGAUACAUAACGCACCCUCUCUGCUCAGAACAUUCUUUGUCCCCUCCUCACACUUUUUUGGCCUUUGUUUGUGGACUCUAGCAGAGAACCUCUCACUCAGAAACGUGCAGAAAACAUUGUGUUGCGCCUCCACAAAGAUUGCCAUCGCCCUCCUAUCCUUGAUUACCCCCACCUCACCGCCUCCCUGAAAAUCUGAUCCACGUAAAUCACCUGCGUUCGAGAAUACCGCCUGAGUGUGAAUCUGUGCGCCUCAACUUCUUCGUCCCAACAUAUCCAACAUGUCCAACAUGGCCACGCGACCCCAAAACAUCGGCAUUAAGGCCAUCGAGAUCUAUUUCCCAAGCCAGUGUGUCGACCAAACUGAGCUCGAGAAGUUCGAUGGCGUGUCAGCUGGGAAAUACACCAUCGGUCUAGGACAGACCAGAAUGUCCUUCUGCGACGACAGAGAAGACAUCUACUCGCUCGCCCUGACGACCCUAACAAACCUAAUCUCUAAAUACUCCCUUGACCUCAAGAAUAUUGGACGACUGGAAGUCGGCACAGAAACUAUGCUCGACAAGAGCAAGAGUGUAAAAUCCGUUCUGAUGCAACUGUUUGAGAAGUCUGGAAACUUCAAUGUCGAAGGAGUGGACUCUUACAAUGCUUGCUAUGGCGGUACAAACGCGGUUUUCAACUCGCUUAACUGGAUUGAAUCCUCAGCUUGGGACGGACGAGACGCCGUUGUGGUUACCGGUGAUAUUGCUCUUUACAAGAAGGGCAACGCUCGUCCUACUGGAGGAGCCGGCUGCGUCGCCAUGUUGAUCGGCCCAGACGCUCCUCUGGCUUUCGAACCUGGCCUCCGAGGCUCAUACAUAACCCACGCUUAUGACUUUUACAAGCCCGACCUUACGAGCGAAUACCCUUAUGUUGAUGGCCAAUUCUCCCUGAGAUGUUACACAGAGGCCGUUGAUGCAUGCUACAAAGCAUAUAAUGCACGAGAGCGGACACUGAAAGCCCAGGCCAAUGGAAGUGCGGUCAAUGGCCACGCAGUCAACGGAAAUGGUGUCCACAAGGAAGAGACUGAAAAGGCUCCCCUGGACAGGUUCGACUUCAUGGCUUUCCACGCACCCACGUGCAAGCUUGUCUCCAAGUCAUAUGCCCGUCUGUUGUACAACGAUUUCCUCGAGGACCCGACGCACCCUGUUUUCAAAGAGGUUGCACCUGAACUGCGGGACCUGGACUAUCAAGCAUCAUUGACCGACAAGAAUGUGGAGAAGACCUUCAUGGGGCUGACCAAGAAACGCUUUACCGAGCGAGUACAGCCGGCCAUCCAGGUUGCAACCAUGUGUGGAAACAUGUAUUGUGGCAGCGUGUAUGGUGGCCUUGUUGGUUUGAUCAGCAACAUUGCUCCCAAGACAAUGCAGGGCAAGAGGAUAGGAGUUUUCAGCUACGGCAGUGGUCUGGCCAGUUCCAUGUUCAGCUUGAAGGUGGUUGGUGAUACCACUGAGAUGGCAGAGAAGCUCAACCUUCAGGAGCGACUCGACGCUCGCCGAGUGGUGGCCCCCGAAGUGUAUGACGAAAUGUGCAUGCUCCGGGAAAAGGCACACCUCAAGAAAGACUUCAAACCGGUCGGCGAGGUCGAGGGUCUGGUCCCGGGCACAUAUUAUCUGACCGAGGUCGAUGAUAUGUUCCGCCGCAAAUAUGAGGUCAAGGCAUGAUGGAAUUCCGUCAGCAGAGCAUAAGUUGUGUCAUUUUGCACCAGACAUACCGUUUCACAUGAUGGCGUCGGGUUUGGAUUGGUCAGGGAGCUAAACCGUCCUUUGGCAGAACGGACUGGGCAUGGCGAUGGGUGUCUACUGGCGAGAAUCAGAGGUGUGUCUCGAACCUCGCAUGACUUUGUACAUACGGGAGGAGCUGGUGGCUCCGACAUAGAAGGACAAACUCCGCAUCAAUUGAUCGACAGCAAGAACACUGAACUACAGCUAAUGCAUGUGUCGUUAUUGAUGGCUGCCGGAAGCUGCCUGCUGCAGUACCUGGUAGUUGCAUAACACCACUACGCUUGACGCAACGUGCAAAGGCCGUCAGGCGGUGGUCGGCCAGUGAGCGGCCUGUUUCACAGUGAUGAGCAGCAACCUGAAACACGA